CAAUAUAUCUCCAACAGUAGUGCAAAGUCCAAUUUACAGCGUUUUAGAAGUAGAGACUGCCUGCUUCUUUACAAUCUCUGUCAGAAUUUUUUUCAGUAUUAAGUGUUUCUACCGAGAACUGACUUCAGUCAUGGCAGAUGCUCUGGCCUUCCUGGAAGAGGAUUUGACCUGUCUCAUCUGUUGCGAUAUCUUCACUGAUCCGGUCACUCUGAAAUGUAGCCACAGUUUGUGUGAGGAAUGUCUCCAGCGUUUCUGGACGACUCAGGACGUGCUGCAAUGUCCGGUCUGUUGGAAGGAAUGCUCUCACGACGAGCCCACCAAGAGCCUGGCGUUCAGAUCGCUCUGUGAGUCCUUCAAGAAGAGAAAACCCACAGCUGUCUCGGGAGACGUUUGUCCAGAACUCAAACUCUUCUGCUUUGAGGACCGGCAGCCCAUCUGUGUGGUCUGUUACACAUCAAAGAAGCAUGAAGAUCUCAAGUGUUCUCCUAUCGACGAGGCUGCUGGGAAUUUAAAGGAGGAUCUCAAGACACAAAUGAACAGACUCGCUGACCUCAAGAAAGCCUAUGAGAGCUGAGCUCAGCAAGGUGCACUAAGUGAUUAGUGCUGUAAAUCUUCACUACUGAUUACAUCAAGUUCACAAAGGGUUAAAUCUUCUCAUACCCUUUCAGGAACACACCAGUGUGACAGAAAACCAAAUUAAGAAGGAAUUUGAGAAGCUCCAUCAGUUUCUUAGAGAUGAGGAGAAAUACAUCAGAUCCGUUCGUGAAGAAAUGGAACCGCAAGAUCAGAAGUUCAAGGCCAUAAUAGAGAAGCUGUCCAAACGGAUAUCAGAUCUGUCUGAGAAUAUGGCAUCUGUUUGGCAGGAUAUGGAAGUUGAAAACUUCAAGAAAGGUAAUAAACCUGUCCAAGAUAUUAAUUAUGAUGAGGGGCCAAGUAUCAUCCGACUGCCCCUGGAUUUCGACACAGGAGAGCUGAGAUUCAUCGACCCCUUCAGAAACAGUAGUUUGUGCACCUACACGGGUGGAUUUCCAGAGAAGUGUUCCCACAUUUCAGUACAAAAGAUGUGGACAUUUUCUACACCCUAAAAAAACAUAGUUCUUUAAAGGUUCUUUGCUUGUAGUAACGGUUAUAUUUAGAACCAUAGCGUUCUGAAGAACGCUUUUAUGCUGAAAUGGUUCUUUGUGUUAGAGUUUAGGGUUCUUUGUUCCCGCCCUUUUAUUUUCAAAUCUGUAACUGUCAAAGCAGAUCCAGUGGAGUUCAGUGAUACAACUACACAGACUGUCAACACACUCUCAACAGGUAAAUGAUUUCAUUCUUAAAUUUAAAUACAAAUUUAACUUUAAAAUUGUAACUGGUUUCCAAACAAACAUGUUCUUAUCUUUUUUUUUAGUUUUUGGUCACAUAUAAGUGUGAGCAGCUCUGCUGUGGAAACCUCUCUCCUCUUCUCCACUAAGUAAGUAAAAGAGACAAUGAAUUUAUAAUUCAUAUUGUUAGAUUUUAUUUUUUAAAUUAUUACUUGGGUUUAUGUAUAAGCAUACCCAGUCACAAAAAAUAUUAAAACUAUCCCAUGACUUUAUAUCACUUUUUUCUUUUAAGAAAACUUUUGUGCUUUUGGCCUUCAUAGACAUAAUUGUUUUUACAUAAACACACUGUAACUCUAAACUCAAUUGUGUUUUUCAGAUGUAUCACAUCCUACAACCUCAUCAUCUGCAGAGAAAAAUCACACCAAAAUGAUGGACUUAAAGGCACUUAAAGGCUAAUUUCACUGAAGCUUGGACUUUAUGUUCUAUUUUGUUUUACUUCUUUAAGCAUUUUUUAUGUUCAAUGUCCACUGUCAUGCAUUAAUGAAUUCUGCUAAUAACUGUUGUUCACGUCAUUAAAAAAAUAAAAGUACCUAAUUGACACGUUGUUGUUGUUGUUGUUGUCAAGAUAUUAUAAGACCAGGCAGACAGAAGGGUAAAAAAACAAUAUUAAUAAAUAAUAUAUACAAAUAAUACUAAUAUUAAUAAUAUUAACAUACUAAUAUUAAUGAAAAACUAUCAUUAAAAAGGUUAUUUAUAACACCAUUAAGGUCCUAUAUAGCAUUUUCAAAGAAUGGUUCUAUAUGGAACCCUAUAAAAAAGGUUCUAUUUAGCACUAAAAAGGGUUCUGCUAUUGUUAGAAGCCAAAAAACCCUUUUCUGGUACUGUUUAGAACCAUUUUUCUUAAGAGUGUAGCAAAUAAACAAAACUAACAAGACAUUUUUUUUCAACUUGAUAAAAUAAGUGGCUGCUGCCAUGAUUGACAGCCCUGCCGAAAAAGAAAGAAAGAAAAAAAGAAAUAAACAUAGACGGCCAUGAGCAUAUGUUGCGUUUUGAGCACGGGCCAUUUUUUCCUUAAUACUAAAAUAAUUGAUCAAAAGCAAUGACCUUUAUACAUUUAUGAACAUGGUUUAAGUGUCCAAAUACUUCGUACAUGGUACUUUCAGUACAAGCGAUGAUGCAUUAAUGAGCCAGAUUUUAACGUAAUUAUUAUUGUAAAAAUAAUAACAAAUAAAUCUAUGCUUAAUUUCAUAAAAUGAACUACAGUGUGGUGACUUCACCUCUGCCAGUUCAUUGGUCCAGGCUAGUGGACUCAACCUCGUUGAUUAGUGUUGGUGUUCGGGUGACAUUUCCUCCAUUCUGUGAAGAAGGACACAUACAGCACCUACAACACCUGCUCUGAUGAAACUCAUACUCUUUUUCUUGCAAUUCUAAAUUUGUAUAUCACAAUUCUGAGAAGGUCCAAACUAUGAGAUAUAAACUCAAAAAGGUUAGAAUUGUGAGAUAAAAAGUUGCAGUUACCUUUUUUAUUCCAUGGCUGAAACAAAAAAACAUAAUUGUGAGAUGUAUGCUCAGAAUAGACGUCAUUGGAAGUGAUUUUUCUCCAUCAGUAGCAGAAACUCAAAAUGCCUGUUUUCCGUUGUUUACGGAUGCUCAAAUCAGUCAAACUGAGAAACCACAAGGAGCUUUUAUCGUGUACGAAAAUUUGUUGUUCGUAAGGGGGGAAAAGGAAAGAAAUUGACUGAAAAAUGCAGGAAAAAGUGGCUUGUAAACCUGCGUCUGUGAUCAGGAGGAGUCGGAUAAUGCUUGUGUCGUGUGUGCAAAUGGUUAAUAUAAGAUAUAAUCAUAUAUUAAGAUACUCAUAAUAUAUGAAGACAUUAAUAAAGAAAUAGCCUAUACAAAUAGAUAAUCCAGGGUGGCCAAAAAUAAUAAUAACAAUACAAAUCAAACAAAACCCCCAACAGACUAAACAAAUGAGUGCACUAAAAGAGCAGAAUCAGAUGAUUAAGUGAGGCUCGUAAAACAGCAUUUCUGCUUGUGACCAAGCCUCUGAUUGGCUGUAAGAAGCAAGAAUGUUUCAAAUUUCGCCAAAUCUCUACCACAAAGCUGUACUUUGAAUAUAUUUUAGUGAUGGUGUGAUUCAAUAGAAAUGCAAUUGUAUCACGCAGCUCUUGUGUCCUUUACCUGACACACGUAAGAAUGACUGUUAAAUUAA